UCGAACCUUGUGUUGGCCGGAGUUGGGUUAGUGCGCGAGCUGCUGUGGGAGAUGAGCGCAACUUUCGGUGGGCAGCAGAUGGCAGAUUGUGUGACGAAGGUUGAACUGAGUGUCUGUUGUGAGAAUUUACUGGAUAGAGAUGUUACUUCCAAAUCCGAUCCGCUGUGUGCCCUGCUUAUGAAUGUUGGUGGAAAUCAGUGGGUUGAAAUCGGUCGCACAGAGAGAGUUAACAACUGUCUUUCUCCAAAGUUUGCAAAGAAGUUCCUGAUAGACUACUGCUUUGAGCAGGUCCAGAAGCUGAAAUUCGGAAUUUACGAUAUAGACAAUAGAACCAUUGAUUUGAGUGAUGAUGACUUCUUGGGAGAACUUGAGUGUACUCUGGGACAGAUUGUUUCCAGCAAAAAACUGACCAGACCCCUCAUGCUGCGAAAUAGAAGACCAGCAGGAAAAGGAACUAUCACGAUUUUUGCAGAAGAAGUGAAAGAUAGCCGGGUGGUAAACUUUGAAGCUCAAGCACGGUCUCUGGAUAAAAAGGAUUUCUUCGGGAAGUCAGAUCCAUAUUUAGAAUUCUACAAACAGACUGAAGAUGGAAGAUGGCAAAUGGUGCAUCGAACAGAGGUAAUAAAGAAUAACCUGAAUCCAAGCUGGAAACCUUUUAGAAUUCCUCUGCGGUCUCUGUGUAAUGGGGACUUAGAGAGGUCUAUCAAGGUGGAUUGUUAUGACUAUGACAAUGAUGGCUCACAUGAUCUAAUUGGCAUAUUUGAGACUAAUAUGACUAAACUACUGGGAGCAUCCUACAAUUCACCGGCAGAAUUUGAGUGUAUUAAUCCAAAGAAGAAACAGAAAAAGAAAAAUUACAAAAACUCAGGAAUAGUGAGUUUUAAAUUAUGCCAGAUUGUGAAAGAGUACACUUUCCUGGAUUACAUCAUGGGUGGCUGUCAGCUGAACUUUAUUGUUGGAAUUGACUUUACUGCAUCAAAUGGUGAUCCACGCACACCCAAUUCUCUACAUUUUAUAGCUCCUAAUGGAUUUAAUGAAUACCUGAUGGCCAUCUGGUCUAUUGGGAUAAUCAUUCAAGACUAUGAUACAGACAAAUUAUUCCCAGCAUUUGGAUUCGGUGCAAAACUGCCUCCAGCCUGGCAGGUAUCACAUGAGUUUCCCCUUAACUUCAACCCUGAAAACCCGUUUUGUGCAGGGGUCCAAGGGAUAGCUGAUGCCUACCGCAACUGUCUUCCUCAAGUUCAGUUGUAUGGACCCACAAACUUUUCUCCAAUAAUAAACCACGUGGGAAGAUUUGCAGCUGCAGCAGCACAGCAGCAUAAAGCUUCACAAUAUUUCAUCCUGUUGAUCAUCACGGAUGGCGUGAUAACGGAUUUAGAUGAAACAAGACAGGCCAUCGUGAAUGCUUCUAAGUUGCCGAUGUCCAUCAUUAUUAUUGGUGUUGGUGGAGCAGAUUUUAGUACUAUGGAAUUUCUGGAUGGUGAUAAUGGUGUUCUCAGAUCACCCACCGGAGAAGUAGCAAUCCGGGAUAUUGUCCAGUUUGUGCCAUUUAGAAAGUUUCAAAAUGCACCCAAAGAAGUUCUUGCACAAAGCGUACUGGCUGAAUUACCUCAGCAAGUGAUGUCCUACUUCAACACUUACAAACUCAGUCCUCCAAAUGAGCCAAGUCCCUAAAUAUCUGAGUGUUUGAUCUGAUUUCAGUCAUGAUCUACAAAUAUGUUCACUGGAGUGCAAACAUGUUCAUUACUACCAGUGUUAGCCACUAAGAUUUUUAAAUGAAAGAUUUUAUAUAAAAAUGUUUACGAAUCUAAAUUUAAUUACAUGUUAAUAUUUUGAAUAACCUUGAUAAAACAAAAUAAUCACACUUGUCAAGGUUUAAUUAAUUAGCAUGAUUCUACAUUAUAUUGUUACUCAAUGAAAUAACAGUUUAUUAAGUGCCUAGUUUGUGGCAUCUCUUGUAUCCUUAGUCCGUUACACGCCCAGUCCUUUGAGUUGUUCCUGUUCUGUUGAAAAGUUAAAUCAGUCUAUUUUAUAAAUACUGAAGGUGACUUUCAGAUGUUAUUUUAUACUCCAGUAUUGCAGUGUUUUUUUAAAUUGUACUACACUUUUAUGAAUUAUUCUGCAGAUGCUUUAUUUUGAAAUUUUAUAAUUUUCUGUUGGAAAAUGUUCAAUUUUGAAUUGUUAGACUGGGGCCAAAUACUCAAAUAUGAAAUAGCUGCUGUUACUAAGUAAUUGAGAAUGGCUAGUGUUUUUACUUUAAGGCACCAUUAUAUUAUUUAAUUGUGAAAAAAAGUUGAAUAAAGACUUUAAAGACCUGUUCAAGGAUAUAUCCAG